UGUCAGUGUUUAAACAACCCCUUUUUGAUAGAUAUAUGGUCGCUUAAUGACACACUACCAAAAUAAUGCAUUUUAAAGUGGAAAAAUGGAAUUAUUUCUUUAUCAUUUGUUUCAUACAGUUGGUCACAAAAUUUACUAGUUGUGACGCAAUUGUAUGCUAUAAAUGUGACUCGAUAUCGUUGGAGGCCUGUGCAACAACAUUAAAUGAAACCGAUUUGCCAUAUGAAAAUUGUAAAUCACUGCAGUGUACAAUGUCUAUAGUCGAUUCUGUAACAUAUCGCGGCUGUUCCGAUGCCACGCCCACAGCUGGAGCAACUUAUAGAAAAUCCUGCAAUGAUAAUCUAUGCAACAAGGGCGUAUAUCCACCUGGUCGUUUAAAAUGUUACCAGUGCAGUGGCGAGGGCUGUGAUAGAGUCAUUGGAAAACCCCAUCCUUGUCCCAAUCACGCAGAAGAUGAUGAAUGUUAUAUUGAUGCCAUCGAAAUACACCAAAUCUUUCGUGGAUGUCGUUCUAAUACAAAUCAUACUAUAUCCACGCGAGCGAUUUAUUGCGAUUACAAUGGUUGUAAUAAUGCACCCGCAACUAGGAAUUUAAAAUGUGCCAAAUGUGAUUCAAAAUUGGGGCGUGGUUGUAAAAGAGACCUGGUUCACAAUCACAAUAUCACACAAUAUGAAACCUGUGAAAUGAAUAUUAAAAUCAAUGUGAAUAGUUCAUGUUUCAUUUAUCAAAAUUUGGAUCAUGUAAUACGUGGCUGUUCGGAUCUUGUACCCGAGGAAGUUAAAGAAAACCUGAACCGCACUUUAAUGUGCAGUGGACCGGAUUUUUGCAAUACCGGCAAUUUGGAAACACAACAAUGCUUGCAGUGCAACUCGGAGAAGGGUAAUGAUUAUUGCCGCUUUGAUACCUCGGUGGUGGCCACAACAUUCUGUAGCUCUCCCGAGGCCAGCUCCUGUUAUGCCAUGGAGUUUAAAAACUGGCAUGUGGAAAGAGGCUGUUCCGUUGCACCCCCAAAUAGAACGGACAUAAUUCGUAAAUAUGAAUGUGACAUACCCAAAGAUUGUAAUAAAAUGGCUUUUACACGCUGCUACAAAUGCACCAGUGAAAUUGAUACAAAUUGUGCGGCCUGGGAAAGGCCAGGAUUUUUGGAGAUCGAAGAAUGUGAAAUACCGGCCGCAAGAUGUUUAGUGGCCACCUUUGCAGAUGGUGUAACCCAUAGAGGUUGUGAAAGCCGGCAGCUUAAUUGUAAUCAUACCUCUACGGCUCAUUGUCAUUUGUGUGAGGGCAGCUUUUGUAAUCGUGGUCCGUUUCCUCCCGAACGUUUGCAUUGCUAUCAAUGUGGCACUUUGGAGAAUAAUUGUGCUGAAAUAACUAAACGCGAUCCUUUACCAUGUCCCUUAAAUGAUCUGGAACCUAGCAAUGUUGGUCUGCAGGCUUGUUUUGAAUAUUUCAGCCAACAAAAGGGUCAUAUCGUACGAGGCUGUGCUUCCAAUGGUUUGCAGUAUUACAAGUGCAUGUUGCAAUCACAGCAAAGUUGUCAGUUGUGCAAUACGAGAGGUUGUAAUAAAGUUUUGAAUGCAGUGGAGCAGGAAAAAGAUAUUAUUAAAAGCUUAAAAUAAAAUUCAAU